UUGGACUCACGGAACCUUAUCACACAGUUUGAAAAGGCUGUAUCGGCCCAAAGGUCUACAGUUCAACUUUUUCCCCCAGAGGCGAUUGGAGAAGUAGUUCACUUGUUCCUCUCUCUCUCCGCGGGAGCUAUGAGCGGACUACGUAAGCACGUCACUAUGGGACUGGUGCUACUGAUGUGCACGCUGACAGGUCACUGCGGCGAGAGCGCGCCCUCGGCGGCCCCAUCGUCUGCUACUGCAGCCGGCAGGGAGGCGCAUCAGGACUUGAGGCCGAUGAUAGAGAUCGUGAGAUACGUGGAGCAGAGCCGGGGUCGCCACAGCGCGAACAGGGAAGCCCCGUCAACAUCACGGACGAGGAGCUCUCCGGUGGAACCAAAGGAUUUAAACAAAUUGAAAACAGACAGAGGCGAUCAGGUUGUCGUCGUAUUCCCCAGAGAUCUCAGAAAGAAGGAGAAAUUCCUAAAACAUUUAACAGGUCCGCUUUACUUCAGUCCCAAGUGCAGGAAGCAUGUGUACAGACUCUACCACCACACCAGAGACUGCACAAUACCUGAUUACUUCAAAAGAUGUGCUCGGCUUCUCACAAGACUAGCUGGCAGCCGACAGUGCACAGAGGGGUAGCACACACAAGGUUGAACGCAAACAAGUCCUCCACAAGAAAGAAAACUUGGGGAAUAAGUGCCUUGGACAAGUGAGAGGGAAGCCUAAAAUACUCUGAGCAGCCCUAACUGACAUUAGGCACAGUAUUGCCCAUCAGUGAGGUCUGCUCUGCUACCUUGUGGAUUAAUGCCUCCCACCACUCUGGCUGCGCCUCGAUGGAUGUCUGUCACCACGACGGAGGCAAUCAGCAAACAAAACCAGACCAAGAUAAAGACAGUGAAACUGAGGAGUGGAGAAAGAAAGAAACAAGUGGCUGAGAGAACCAAACACUGGGCCUAUUUUCCUGCUGGCAUCCAAAAAAGAUGUUGCGAAAACAAAAAAAAAGGGAUUCCAUAUUUUUUAUUAUCUUAAUUUCUUUCAGAAGAGAGCAAAAUCCAAAUGUAAGAUAUAUUUUAUAUGACUUGCUUUCUGCGAUUGGUUUGGUCCGUAUGAGUGCUGUGGGUGGAGCCCAUCCCUUCUACUGCUGCACAUUAUGCAGACAAUAAGCUCUCACAAACCCCGGGCAUCAGUCACGGCAUAGUUUCACCCACUUGUGCUCACACUGAGAAAGAACUGUGAUUAAAUUAUUAAUUGCAUUGACAUUUCUCUGUGUCUUUGCGAGAGAAAAAACAAAGCAAGUGGCGGUUGUAAGUGCAGCCCUCCUGUGGAUCUAAAAACUAUAUUUAUAUAUUUGAGUUGUCAUAAGGUUCCCCUGUACAGACUACAGGCCAUAUGAAACAAGAGAAAUAUGUACAUACUGUAAAGCAUAGGAGGAAUCCACCCAUCUACCAUAAAUUAAAGUGACUGCAUUCAUGAAAUGGCUGUUAAAUACACAUAUAAAUUAUAAGAU